UUCAAAUCAUGCAAAUUAGAGUCCAAAACAAAAGCAAAAGCUUUAGGAAAAGUAGAUACGAUGAAGACGUAUCAAAAAUCGAUUUUUACAGGACGAUGCAUAUUGUUAGAAUUGCUCUUACGUGCAAUAAGAAAGGAAGACCGUCCAGCACUGCAAUAAGAAAGGAAGACCGUCCAGCACGGCUGUACUCAGCCCUAGGGUUUGCAUCCCGCCGCCGCCCUUCCUCCCUCUCCCUAUGAAGAUCACUAGUGGCAAGGGCGGUCCCUUGGCGCGCCUCCUCUAUGGUCAUGUGCGUACUAGUUUUGCAGGUGUGGUUGUGAACGUGCAUAUGCAGUCCAGAGUUGCACAGUUGUUAAAAUAUGAAUACUGGUAAAACACGCGCAACAGAGAAGUGAUCAAUCAUCAUGCAUAUCAGAUAGCUGCCAAUCUUACAAGGUGGAAGAUAUGAAACCUACAAAAAUUCUCUUUUAAGGUGACCAUGACAACCAUGAUACUAUUUUGACAUUGACCAUGGGUAAAAUGGCAGCAGUAGUUCUUGAUUUAAUGAAUAUCAAGUUGUUGCCGGCACACUACAUCUUGAAACAAUGGACAAGAGAAGCACGUUCAGGAUCCAUCAAAGAUUGUUAUGGACAGACUGUGGUUGAAAAUCCAAAGUUGGAUGCCAUCACCCGAUACAAUUUUCUUAUACACAUGUGUUGUGAGUUGGCAACUCUAGCAUCCAACUCCAAGGAGUGUUGUAUUUCCAUUGAGAAUGCACUUAUUAGUGCUACUAAGCAAGUGAAAAACUAUUGGGUGCAUGCACAACUAAUGCUGAAGAAAGAUGCCAUGUCGAGGUGACUCAAACAUCAAAUGAAAUGUCGAGUGCUGCAUAGGUGACUGAAAUAUCAAAUGAAUUGUCAAGUGCUACACGCCUGAAGAAAAAAGAGGUUGAGAAGAAAGGCUUUAAAAGAAAAAAAAGGUUUCCUUGAGAGGCAACACAAGAGAACAAGGAAAACACCAUCUACCACCUCAGCAAGAAAAGAAAAAGAAGAUAUUUCCAUCAGCCAACAAGAAGAAAAGGAGAAGGUAAUAUCACAGACUAGUUCGAUAAAGAAAGUUGUCUCAGAAAAAUAAGCAAAACGGGCCAAACCAAUACCGAAUGAAGCAAGCUUUGAAAAAUACGAGUUCAUGGAAAGUUUCACUGAUCUGUUGACAGCUUCUAUUGUUAAAGACAUAGAUGCUGACCCAUUUUGAUGCUUCCAUUUUGGUUGUGGUCGAAAUUAUUUUGAAUGCUACAGUUUGUACUCUGAAAAUGUUCAGAAUGGUAGAGUACAGGUAGCUAGUAAGGUAGGAGUUCCUUUUGUUUGGCACUGUAAGGAUUUCUAUUUUCUUAAGCUGCGACUUGGUGAGACUUUGCGAUUGGCAAUGUGUGGCAAUGUGUAUUACUCCCUCCGAUCUCCGUCCCAAAAUAAGUGUCUCAACUUUGUACUAGCUCUAGUACAAAAUUGUACUAAGCUUGAGACAGUUAUUUUGGGAUGGAAGGAGUACUAUGUAAGAAUCAGUUUUUACACUGAUUUCUAAAAAAUCAGAAACUUGCUCUUACCUGCUGGAGGUGAUGGAGCAAUGAAGCUUCAGUCGAGGGGAUGGAGACGCAGGCUGCGAUGAUGAUGGCGACGAGCCGCCGGAGGCGCGGACGGAGCUGCGGGUGAGGUCCACGAAUCGACGCCGGCGCGGGCAGGUACGCAGGUGGCCAACGGAUCGGCGGCAGCGAAGAGGCGGUGACUGAGCGCGAGGUCCGUGGCCGCGAACCUGCGACGACUGAGCGCGAGGUAGAAGGUCGUCCAAUCGCGGCGGCGCGGGCGAGGCGGCUGAUCAGGGCGGCGCGAGCGAGGCGGCGGUGGCAGAGUCCGGCUGGGAACAGCGACUUUUCUUUACCAAUUAGGAGGGGCGAUUUUUUAGCAGAGUCCGGCUGGAUCCGUGUGCCUUAAUCAAUCCCCGGUCUAUAAAUCCUUCGUAAAACUCCCAUAUGUGUAGGGUCAAGCCGGGACAUCGCUUCGUAACGUCAGAGGAUCCGGCUCCCCCUACGGAGGCCAUGCCGCCGCUGCGUAUACGUGAGUUGCCAUGCCGGAGCGGGCCCGUCAACCACGCUGCCGGCGCUCCGACAGCACCCACUCGUGGAUGGGAUUUCCUCUUCAACCGUCUCUUCGGUGGCCGCCGGCGCCCUGCUCUCCCGCUCUCUGUCCACAGUUCCGUCGAGCUUUCUGCCUGGGAUAUUUAUAAGAUGCCCAUUGGCUGUGUCAUCUUGGAAGAAAUUAUGCAACGCACACUGUCCUAUUUGCGUACUAUUCAGGAAAGUUUAUACUAUUGGAAGUCCAGGGCUCGGGGUUCAAAUUCACAGCAGAUAUAUUUCAUGAUAUUUGAAAGAGGUCCAAGUGCUUUUGUUGAAACAACAUGCCAACGUCUGACUAGACUUGGGAACAACGGAGGUCAGCAGAGCCUUUUAAACUCUGCAAAAGCUAUGAUCUCAACAAACAUUGAUGUCCUAAUGAGUAUUGAGCGCUGCUUGGCUACUUUUCUUGCUGAGGUUUAUUGGAAAGCAGAUAUAUGCAAAGUAGGAUUAAAGGGAAGUCAUCGCGAAUCACUAUAUGCACUAUGUAUCGUCUUGAACCAUGUCUUCCCCAAGUUGGAGGAAUUACAUAGAAAGGAGAGAGAGGGGCAAACUCUUAUAUUCAGACAUGUUGGAAAUCCAUCUGAACUUCAAUUCAAAAGAUUGCCAGAAGUUGACAUUAAUAGUUCACUUUGGACCGAGAGAUUCUCAGAAAGUGCUAUAGGCUUGAUCUAUCAAAACCUUGAGAAGCUAGAUAGUUAUGUUUCCUCUUUGCUUUCAAGGCAUAAAAAACCAACACAUAUGGCCUUAUACUGGUUACCCUACACAUGUGGAGCAAUUGGCUUCUCUUUAUGUUCUGUAUGGCUAUUACGCCAUAGUAGCUUGAUGGCAAGUUCUGACAUCGAUAACUUGGUUCGACAUGCUAAGGAGUCCAUCACUAGAUUCUGGAGUGAUCCUGUUGAACCGAUUGUUUCUGUUGGAGAGGAGCCUUUUGAGGCGAUGACGCUAGCAGAUAGACCUGCAAUGGAAAAACAAUAUGCUGGACAAGCUGAAAAGUCACUGCGCAGGAUACUACUUUCCUUCUCUGAGACACCUCCAAAGGAAAUAGUGCCACAACAUGCAUCAGGGGAAGUGAUGAUGGAGAUCACGAGGUCAAUUCUGGAACUGGAUCAGGUUGUUAAGGAAAAUAAACUGGAUCUUCAGGAGGCAAUAUGGGAUCUGGAUCCAAUUCUUAAGGCAUCAAAGACCAGUGUUGCUCUUCUUGCAUUUGGGCUUCCUCUUCUGCUAGUCUUUCUAGUGCGAACAAGGGUAACGCAUGCCCAGAGUGUAGGGGGAAGAGGUAGCAUUGCGCGGCUCCUUGUUGUUGCAGAGCGAAGGUUUCUGGAAUAUAAGAAAUCCAGUGUAAACGGGGAGGCGGAUGAGGUGAUGUGGAAGUUAGGGUUGACACUUUACUCUCUUGAUAGAUUGUAUGAAGCUGUUGAGUUGCAUGGAAAUGGAACAGACGAGUGGACAUGGUUGAAGGAAUACAUCUUUUGUCUUGCGAAACCUGGUGUGAGCAUGUCAGACAAGCUUGCUGCUCUUUCCCAUGUAAAGGACAUGUAUGACUGCUUAUUUCCGUCGCCAUCGCUGUAACACCACAAUUUUUUAUCAUGUUUUAUUAAUUAAAAUUUUGUCAGGGAUAUUAA